AUGGAUCGUGAAGACGGAAACUACUUCAUCAAACAUCUGGCGACCUACAUCAGGACCCAUGAAAAGGCCCUCGCCAAUGCUCUUCAAUUACAAGCCCGGAGGCCGUCCAGAUCGGCCGAUGGCCAAACAUCUCCCACCCAUGCUCCGGCCACGAGCCCUUCGGCAUCGAGCGCGCUCGCCGCUGCAUUCUCACUCCCGUCUUUAUCCUUCACCUCCCAGAACCUAAAACCGGCCAAACUCGCCCUCACACCUCAUCAUCUAUACUACCUCCUGGACCGGUUUGAUGCCCUCGGAAUAUCCGUGGGUCCAAUGAACGUUAGACUCGAAAAUAUCCACGCUGAAACUGCGCCCGGAAACUAUGUAUCAUUCCUCGACUCAGCCCAGCGUGCCAGACGGACAAAAUCUACCGAUGCCUUAUCGAUACAUUCCGUCUCUUCCGUCAAGAGUGUCAUGUCUGGCAUGUCUUCCCUCUGGAACUCGUUUGGGCUAGGAUCCAGCUCCGCUUCAAAGCAAGAGAAGACCAAACAGGCGAUAAACAUGGACCUCAAAUACAUCUAUUCCGCUUUCACCAAGAUUCCCUGUCUCAAAUUAUGUCCUGAUCCGAAAGCUCGUCUGAUCAGUGGCUACGAAGAAUUUCCCUUCGACACUGCUGUGCCACUUUUGGCAUUUAAGAAUGUCACUGCCCUCGAAAUCGUGGACAUUGAUAUCAGACAGUUUUACGGAUGGGAUCAGGUUGCCGAAAGAGUCAGGAGCCUUGUUGUAAAGCGUGCCUGUAUUGAGGAUCCAGCCGAACUUCUCAUUGCUAUUGUUUUGGAUGAUAUGGAUAAGCGUAGAAGACGUUCUUCAAAGAACCAGGCAUCGCCAUUGAGCUGGUCAACACCCAGCCCUGGCAUGCCAUUAAGUAUCGAUACCGGUUCUAUUCCUGGCUCUCCAGGAAAACAGGGGACGGAAGAGCAGGGUACAAGCGUCGGCAGUACCGGUUCGACAUUGCGUGAUCGUUCCGCUGUCAACCGGCCUGUCUCGCGAAAUAGGGAUAGGGAUAGUAGCAAUUCGCCUACUCGUCCUAAUAGCUCCCGGAGCAGUUCUACUACUAACAAUAACAGCAACAAUAAUAACCACCAUAGCAAUCACCACGCUCACAAAUCUCACCGGAUGCGACGGUCUGACUCUGGCAGCAGCCGUGCUUCUUCUAAUGGCACAAAUCAAUAUGGCACGACUACUCAGAGUAUCAGCUUGAUGGGGACUCUUCCUUCUAACAAAUGGCGUUUCCUGCGUCAUCUCUCCCUCGCGGAUAACUCCCUGACAACUAUAUCUUUCGUUUCUCUUGCCCCUCUUGCUAAUUCCUUAACAUCCCUCGAUCUAUCAUCUAAUCUCUUCAUCACCGUUCCUGAUGCCCUUUCCACCCUCACAGCUCUCCGCGCACUCAAUCUCUCCAACAACAUGAUCGAAUCACUACACUCCCUCACUCGCCAUCCACUUCCCGCAAUCACCGCACUUAACCUUCGUGGGAACCGUCUCAAGUCUCUUGCUGGGAUCGAGAGACUCCCUUCCCUUGAGCGCCUCGAUUUGAGAGAAAACAAAUUAUCCGACCCAACGGAGCUUGCCCGAUUAACCGUCGCUCCUAAUUUUCGAGAAGUGUGGAUUUACCCAAAUCCGUUCGUCAGGACCCACAAUUCCACUUACCGAGUCACCAUAUUCAACCUCUUCCGAAAAACACCUGGGUUCACAGAAGAUAUCACCAUUGACGCUCAAGGCCCUGGAAUGAUGGAGAGACGACAGCUGUUGGAACGAGCAGCCGAGCCAAUCCCGGUACCCGUUGUCAGGCCAGCCGUAACGACAGCUCCUCCUCGCGAGAUCGUUCGCGAGACUAGACCGGCCCCCGCCACUCAUUCGAGAACGCACUCAGAAAAGGGCUUGAUAACGACACGGCCCACGGAUGACCUGACUCGUGCAAGAAAAAAAGGUGCCAAACGGCGAGUCGUCGAGCUUAGCAAGGGCGACGGUGGUUCCGAGAUAUUUACGACAGCAGAUCGAGCCCCAACCUUCUCACCGGCUGAUUUCCAAGUCCAUCGCCAACCCACUGCGCCUGCCAUACCGACCUACUCAACUCGACCUCAAUUCCCUGCCUCGCCACCUUCACCUCCGACAUCAAUACGAAAAAGUCAUACUAUCAACAUUGAUGCGGAGACCCCACCCACACCGCCAGCCAAAGAAAUAACUCUUCCUACGAACUUAACGCCAGGCGAGGAUUGGACGCUUAAGGGGGACGAUUACAAAAGAAGGGUUGAGCACCUAAAGAGCGAAUAUGGAAAUGGAUGGCUCAGUGCCCUCGCUGAUGAACGAUGGAAUAACAACCCAGGAGGUCCUCAAAGCCCUCCUAAUCGAGAUGCCCAGGGAUCUCGAAGAUAG